AUGCCGGGCCUCUGGUUUGGAAACAUCAUUGCGGAGGCCACACUGUCAUCAACGACGAUCAAUAAAACGUCCGGCAUCCUGAUGGUCGCCAAUUCGUCCCGCAUCACUCCCGAGUUCGCCUAUUUUGCCGGAGCUGAGUACAGCCGCUAUGUAUUGCCGGCCAUUGUAGACAUUGCCGUCACCGAGUCAACGCUCGCUGGGGACCUGGUCACGUACAAUGGCAGUUCCAUCUCCUGGACGUUAGGGAAUCACUCCACCUGGACGGGCACGGCGUACUCGAAGAGUCACAACGGGACUGUUGGCAUCCCCCUGGAUGCCUCGUCGACGUAG